GUCACUUUUCAGCAGCUCCACCUUGAGGGUGCUUCCCUGUCUAAAGAUGACGCCUCUGUGGAUUCUUGUCUUAUCUCUUAACAUAAAAACCCAAGCUGUGGAUAUUUCCAGACCAUCGUUUCUCUCGGUCAAACCUGGAGAACGUGUUACUCUUAACUGCUCAUUUGGACCCUUUCAAUCUUCUGAAAGUGUUUUCUGGUACAAACAAAAAUUUGGAGAAAUGCCUCAAAAAGUAGGAAAAAGAAUAGCGUAUAAGGACAUCGUCAUUUUGACCGAGUUUAAGACGUCAGGAUUUGCAAUGGAGGAAAAGGAUAAGAACUUUUCUCUGAUAAUUCCACAUAUAAAAGACAAAGACGAAGGACUUUACUACUGUGCAAAAGGUUUCCUGGACGAUAUUUUAUUAUCAAGCGGAACGUUCUUGGCUGUAAAAGGGGACGGAGAUGCAAAAGUCUCAGUGUUUCAGCGCGGCCUGUGGGACUCGGUCCAGUGUGAGAGCGGCUCUUCUACACACACCUGUGUGUACAACUUCUCCAAGAACAUCCUCAGCCUCGAUGAUACUGGAACUUACUACUGCGCUGUGGCCCUGUGUGGGAAGAUCAUCUUCGGGAACGGGACAGAAAUACCGACGGAGGAAGUUCCAGAAUUGGUGAUCUACCUCCCUGUAGUGGUGGUCGUGUGUGUGGUUGUGAUCUUCGCUCAAACUUUUAUAAUCUGUAAAAUGAGAUACUGGGAACAAUUUAGAGUGAGAUCUCAAAAAUGUUCUGCAACAGAAAAAAACUCCAGUCAGGGUCACGAUGCAGAGGAGUUGAAUUACGCUGCUUUACAUUUCAAUAAGAAGAAGAAGAAUACCAAGAGAGUGAAAAGAAAGAGAAAAGAUGCUGAAGAUUUUUCUGUUUAUUCUACAGUGAGAUCUGCGACCUAGAAUAAAUCUGUUAAAUUAAUUAUUUAAUUUAUUAAUUCAUUUUUUAUUUAAUUUAUUAAUCCCUAUCUCAUUCCCAGGAAUGACUGAUUGUGAUAUUAGAUCUGAGAAGUGAAUUUUAUGUCUAUCAUUCAUACUUUUUCUAUGUAUAUAUAUAGUAUAUGAUAUAUAUCACUAUAUAUAAUGAACAUUUCCUGCUCUGGUAGCUAUCUGUUUAAUUCAAGAGUUUUAUUUGUAUAGCGCUUUUAACAAUAGACAUUGUCUUAAAGCAACUUUACAGAACAUACGAAACAUAA